AUGGCUAAUAAGAGAAGACCAAAGAAGGCAAGAGUUCCAUAUAGACGUUAUGGACCUGGUUCAAUCAACAAAAACGGAAAUAAUAACACAGGAGAGGGUCAUAUGGGCUCUGAAGAUGAAGAUGAAGAAGAUGAAGUCGAACAAAGUGAUGUUAUGAAGAGUAGUCAUUAUAAUAAUAUUAAUUAUGAUGAUUACUCUUCAACUUCAUGGCCUAUAUCAAAAUUUCAAAAAAUUGAUGUUUUGAAAUUUGCAAUUAUUAAUGAAAAAUUGAAAAAUGGUGAAUUUAUUGAAAUUCCUAUAACUUUUACCAAAAAUGGAAAAAAUGGUGGUAAUGUUAAAAGUUUACAUUUACCUGUGGAAAUUUUACAAUUAAUCUUAAGAUAUAUCCCUAAAACUGAUCCAAAAUAUUUAAGAGUAUCUAAAUUAUUUUAUCAACUUUAUAUCCCUAUAUUAUAUCAUAGUCCAAUCUUGAAUUCUUAUAAUUUUUUCCAAUUUGUUGAUACUUUAAGUUCAAUUAAGAAUAAAGUUGGUAAACAUGUUAAAAUCUUAGAUUUAUCCACUAUAAUUCAAAGUGGUAAAAAUUCAUAUGUUUCAAAAUUAUUAAGAAGAUGUUCAGAAAAUUUAGAAGUUUUCGUUGCACCACAAACAAGUUUUGGUUAUGCACCAUUAGUUAGUUUAAGAGGUUGUAACAAGAUUAAAGUUUUAGAUCUUAGAUUAGUUAGUGAAACAAUGAAUUUAAAAGAAUUGUUUUAUUCUAUAAGAAAUUCUAAAGAUUUAACUCAUUUAUCAUUCCCAAGAUCUUCAAUUACAUGUGAAGAUAUUAAUUAUAAUUCAGAAUUAGAAAUUGAAAAUUUUUGGCCACCAAAUAUUUGGUAUUUAAGAUUAAGUGGUGGUGUUUCAGAUGAAUUUAUAAUGAAUUCUAUAUUACCCAAAUCAAUAACAAGAUUAGAAUUUGCUCAUUGUCCAUCCUUAAAAGAAUUUGCAGUUUAUUCGUUAUUAUCAAGAUUUGGUAGAAAUUUAACUCAUUUAUCAAUUCAAUAUCCAAUGCCUGGACUUACUGAAAAUUCCAUGGAUUAUAUAUUCCAAUAUUGUCCAAAUUUAAUUUUUUUACAAAUUACAGUGGAUUAUUGUUCUAAAGAUUUAUUUUCAGAGGAUUUUUUACCACCAAUCCUAGGUGAUAAACCUCGUUGUUUGAAAACUCUUUGGAUUGAAUCAAGUGGUGGUUUAGGACAAGGUGCUAAAAUCCAUCCAGAUGAUUUAACAAUUGCACUCUUGGAGGAAAGAUUACCAAUGUUGAAAAAUAUUCGAAUCACUUCAAAAUUAGGUUGGGAUUUGAAAAGUGAUGAUGUUGCAGAUUUAAUUAAUGCAUUAGAGGAAAAAGAUGGUGGUCUUUAUAUCCAUCAUUAUUAA